UUGAGCAGAAUGGCGGCGGCCGUGGCUGCAGUCGCGGCGGCGGCUCUGGGCCGAGGGCUGCGUUCGUCUCCCUCCGCUUGGCAGCUCCGAGGUCCGCUCGCAGGCCGCAGCCGGCUGCUCUGCCCCGCCGCCUGCGGAGGGGGCGCGCCGGCUGUGGCCGCUGCCUCUCACCAGUCGGGGGCCGGGGAAGGCGAGCGCUACUGCAUGGAGCUGCUGCGGAAACGUGAUUAUGAAGGGUUCCUCUGUUCGUUACUGUUGCCUGCAGAGUGCCGUCGCUCUGCUUUUGCCCUGAGAGCCUUCAAUGUAGAACUAGCCCAGAUUAAAGAAUCCGUAACUCAGAAGACAAUCGGCUUGAUGAGGAUACAGUUUUGGAGGAAGGCUGUGGAAGACAUGUAUCAUGACAACCCACCACAACAGCCAGUAGCCGUAGAGCUGUGGAAGGCAAUCAAGAGGCAAAAGUUAACCAAAAGGUGGCUUAUGAAGAUUAUUGAUGAAAGGGAAAAAAACAUGGAUGAUAGAGCCUAUCGGGAUAUCGGUGAGCUUGAAGCAUAUGCUGAAAACACCCAAAGUGCUAUCCUUUAUUUGACGUUGGAAAUGCUUGGUGUGAAGGACCUCCAUGCCGACCACGCUGCCAGUCACAUCGGGAAAGCACAAGGCAUUGUAACCUGCUUAAGAGCGACUCCGUUCCAUGCUAGCAGAGGGAAGGUGUUUCUGCCCUUGGACAUAUGUAUGCUGCAUGGUGUUUCGCAAGAGGAUUUCAUCAGACGUAAUCAGGAGAAGAAAAUGAGAGAUGUAAUAUAUGACAUUGCCAGUCAGGCCCACGUACAUCUGGAGCACGCUAGGUCCUUCAGGAAGAAUGUUCCUGUUAAAGCAUUUCCUGCCUUUCUCUAUACCGUUGCUGUUGAGGAUUAUUUGAAUAAAAUACAGAAAGUUGACUUUGAUAUAUUUCAUCCAAGUUUGCAGAGGAAGAGCACUUUACUACCUUUGCAUUUGUAUAUUAGAUCCUGGAAAAAAACAUAUUAAAGUAUAUUCUACAUGAGUUCCGAGUUCUUUCUGGUUAUUGUUGGCUGAGUUUUAGCCUCACUCACCUUGCAGCGAGUUUUUAACCCUCUUCUCCUUCCCUGCCCACUGUUACGAUCACAACAAUUAUGUCAGGGGAGUUAGACUGAACUAGUAUCAGAGUAAACUUAUUGGCUAAACCAGGAUUUGAACCCAGGUCUCCCCAUUGAUGUCCACCAUGCUUCACUACACCACACUGGCUGUAUUUCUAGGUUAGACUGAUUGCUGGCAGGGGAGCAAAUUCCUAGGGGCCCAUGGGCACCCACAAACUUUUUGCUGUGGGUGCCUGGCCUCCGACCCCCCCCCCAUUGGCCAGCUGCCUCCCCCUCUGACUGCUGACUUCCUAGCAUAUGUGCUGUUUAUGUUUAACACCCUGGCUAGCUAUUUGUUUAUUUAAAUCAUGUCUUGCCUUUCCUUUUGUGGAUAGCAACAGAUAAAAAACAAAAUUACAAAAAUUAAUAAAAACAAGAUUUUAAAAAGAGACAAAUUCUGGAGAAGCUGCCAAAACGUUGGGAUGUACCACUUAUGUGUACUGGACCUGUCCUGAGGUAGCUGCUUUCACAGAGAGGGCAUUUGGAAGUAAUGCAAAACGUUCCAAUCGGACAGUGGAUAAAAGUCCCCCAAAUGGGAUUGCUAAAUUUAUUUAACAGUGAAAACAAAUAUCUUAAAAGUAAACCCUUAAUUGAGCAUUUGCUGAUGGCUGUGCAACCAUCUGUCAGAAGGUUGUUAAAGAGGAGGACAAGAGGAGAGUCUUCUCAAACAAUUAACUUGAACGAUAUGUCGUCUUUGAAAGCGCCACAUUCACCAGAGCCAGACCUGCAGAGCUUUGCCACCUGUUCCAUCAUGUGUGUUUAGGCCAAACCUCUUCAGAAGUUGUGGGAUUCCAAGUCCCACCAGCCCCAGCCAGAAUAGCAAAUGGUUCAAGCAAGGUAUUGGGAAUUGUAGUUCAACAACUUCUGGCACACGACAGGCUCCCCAGCACUCGACUACACCAUAACCUGGCCAUGGUCCAUAUGCUAUUUACAAAAAUAUAUAUGGAAAGUAAUUUCUUUCUCCUAAAUGGACUGGGCUGGAAGCUUAUUUGGGACCAAGCUGACUUGCUCCUGCAGCAAAGCUGCCCCUCCUUCAUAUGUAAGCUACCCAUAGUGAGUUGAAGGUACCGUAGUGUCACAAUAGGAGGGGUGGAGGGAAGAAUUGGUGCCCUUGUAUCUUGCAAAUGAGCAGUAGAACAGUUUGUAGCAAAGCCCCAGAUGCGCAAAAUAUCUCAAUUUGGUAUAACACAAUUCACCCAGACAUCUAUCUGCUUCUCCACCUUACUACUUUGUAGCUAUCGUUGAGUUGUUGAAUGAAAUUCCGCAUGUAA